AUGGAGGAUCCUUUCCUAAGUAAAGAUCAAGCUAGAGGGACUUACCAACCCUACGAACUUGGAGAACAAUUGGGAAUUUGGGUGAAAAAUUCAGAUGGAGUGACUCCAGCUGUUGGGCAGGCCUUGGCUCCAGGAAAUUCAGUGUACCCUGACUACUUCAACCCCAAAACAGCUGACUGGUGGACCCAGAUGUGUGUUCAGUUCCAUAAUGUCCUUCCUUAUGAUGGUAUUUGGCUUGAUAUGAAUGAACCCUCAAAUUUUCUCAAUGGCCAGAUCCCAGGCUGUGCUCACAACAACCUCAACUACCCACCUUACAUUCCCAGAAUUUCUGAUUCUUCUCUGUUUCAAAGCACACUGUGUCCAGAUUCUAAAACUUUUCUGGGAGAUCUUUAUGACACACAUUCCCUCUUUGGAUGGUCUGAAGCCCCACCUACGUUCCG